AACACUUGCAGCUGGUGCAUCGAUUCAGCAUUCGUCCUCCUGUUUUUAUUUUGAAAACGAUUCAAAAUACUCCGAUGGAGAGAUAAGUGGCCCGCAAAACGCCAUCGCUUUCUUCCCAAACAUUUUUCGACGCGAGAGCAGCUUUGACACACCCACGCCCAGUGAGUUGGCUUGGCUAUAUAUAAAACACCCCAAGAAACAGAGCCACGGGGCAAGGGAGCUGUCGCCCCUCCCCUACCUCGGCUCAAAAUAACCCACGCCGCCUCAAACUCGAACUCGAGCCCGUCGGAGAAGCUCCUCCUCGCCCACCGUCGCUCUGAUCGGAUCCAUCGUCAUGUCUCCGGUGGUCGUCGACCCAUCCAUGGCCUCGGCGUGGGGUCUUUGAUCCGAGGGACGUCGGCACGGACGAUCGACGGCGCGCCUCCCCUCCACCGCAGGCAUGACGCGUUGACCGGUGGGAGCGGCCGGGGGCGCUGCGCUGGCUCGAUGUCGCGGCGCCACGGACGGUUCCACCACCGCGGCGGCGACGGCGGCGGCCAAGGCGCGGCGCCGGCCGUGGUCGACCACGCGGACUGCACCGCGCAGUCGUGCCGGUCGUGCGUGGCGGUGUCGCUGGCGGACUGCAUCGCGCUCGGCUGCUGCCCCUGCGCGGUCGUCAGCCUGCUGGGGCUGGCGCUGGUCAAGGCCCCGCUCGCCCUAGGCCGCCGCUGCGUGCAGCGCCUGCGCCGGCGGCAUGGAAAGCUGCAGCACAAGAAGCGCGUGCGCGACAUGGACCUUGCCGGCGGCCGCCCUAGCCCCAGCCCCAAGUGUGCGGGCGGGGGCGGCCACCGGGAGCCUGGUCCUGGCGAGGCCGCAUCAAAAGGCGGCGACGACGUGGCGACGGCGGCGUGUCAGGGUCAGGGCGCGGACGCCAGCGAGGAGGAAAGGGUGUGGCUGGAGAUGUACCAGGUGGGGCAGUGGGGGUUCGGCCGCUUGUCCUUCUCUGUGAACCCGCCUCCGAGGGCCGGCCGCAACGCCGACGGCGACGGCUGCGAAAGCGACGUGUGAGAUGGCCACCGCACCGACACCGUCCGUCCGCACCGGCGAUGCUUUUUCCGUACCGUCUGUCCAUGUCGCCGCGGCGGCGACAAACCAACAGAAUUCCAUCGUGCUGGCUGGCCGGCAUUCGAAUUUCUCCGGCCAAAAGCUUCGGGGGAGCAGAGCACCGAGAAAUGCUUUCCAUGGCUCGCCGAUUUCCAGCAGAUGAUCCAACGCAAAAUUUGUUGGGGAUGAUCAGGAGAAGCGGCAGCAUGGCGUCUUGCUCGCCGUGCCCACAACUAGAACAGCUCCAUGCACAAUGGUUGGCUCCUGCCUUGUCAAGUGUUCAUUCUUUCUUCUGUGUCUAUGGGGGUUUGGGGAGCUCGAUUUGUACUCAUGAGCUGUACAUAAUUUGUGCCUUGGAGGUCUAGAUUUUGCCAUUUGGGAAUCCCCUCCCUGUAUAUAUUCCGGGAAAAGUUCAAAGUUCUGAUUCA